UUAGCGGUCUCCAAGAUCUCACACUAAGAAGAUGCUAAGCCAGUGCCUUCUGUCAUAUCUCAAGAGCAUCAGAAGGCUUGGAAGCCACAGAGGAAGAUGAAUCUAUUAUGUCUGUGAGCUAUACAAUAUGUACAAAGUACAUUUUUCUUACUAGUAACAGGUUAGGACUUCUUGCUGCCAUUCCUGCUUUGAUGGUGAUGCAGCUCUAAAAGAAAUCCUAAGAAAAAUCCAGCAAAAAUGGGUGACGUAAAUAAAGAUGCCGUUGAAAAAUACUUGGAGAACAACCCCCAGUUUGCCAAGGAGUAUUUUGACCGAAAAAUGAGACCAGAAGUGGUGGGAAGUAUCUUUAACGUGAACCCUGGAGAUGUGAAGGAAGGAGUCAGCUUCAAAGACAUGUCCCGUCUGGAGGAGAGUAACAUAAUUUUUGAGUUGGUAACAGAAAUUCAGGAUGAGGCAUGUGUUAUGGAAAAGAUGGUGCACAAGGCCCUGCAGAGGCUGGCACAGCUGCUGGCAGCUGAUCGGUGUAGUAUGUUCGUUUGUCGUUCCCGAAAUGGUAUUCCAGAGGUAGCCUCCAGGAUUCUUGAUAUCACUCCAACUUCCAACUAUGAGGAGAAUUUGGUGAAACCAGAAAAUGAGACUGUUUUUCCUCUGGACAUCGGGAUAGUGGGAUGGGUUGCUCAUACCAAGAAGUUUUUUAAUGUACCUGAUGUGACAAAGAACAACCAUUUUUCUGACUUUAUGGACAAAAAAACUGGUUAUAAAACAGUCAAUAUGUUGGCAACUCCAAUUACACAGGGUAAAGAGGUGCUUGCUGUUGUGAUGGCACUCAACAAAUUAAAUGCCCCUGAGUUCUCAAAAGAGGAUGAAGAGGUAUUUAAAAAAUACCUCAACUUUGUAUCUUUGAUGGUAAGAAAUAAUCACACGUCGUAUCUCUACAAUAUCGAAUCACGAAAAAGCCAGAUGCUUUUGUGGUCUGCCAACAAAGUAUUUGAAGAACUAACAGAUAUAGAACGACAGUUUCAUAAAGCACUGUAUACUAUUCGAAUGUAUUUGAAUUGUGAAAGAUACUCUGUUGGUCUGCUGGACAUGACUAAAGAGAAGGAGUUUUAUGACGAGUGGCCAAUCCGGCUUGGGGAGGCAGAGCCUUACAAAGGCCCCAAGACACCUGAUGGACGAGAAGUCAACUUCUAUAAGAUUAUUGACUAUCUGUUACAUGGACAAGAAGAAAUCAAAGUCAUUCCGUCACCUCCAGCUGAUCACUGGUGUCUUGUCAGUGGAUUGCCAACAUAUGUUGCUGAAAAUGGUCUUAUUUGUAAUAUGAUGAAUGCACCAGCAGAUGAAUACUUCACAUUUCAGAAAGGACCAGUGGAUGAGUCUGGAUGGGUUAUCAAAAAUGUCUUGUCAUUGCCUAUUGUCAACAAAAAAGAAGAAAUUGUGGGAGUUGCAACUUUUUACAACAGGAAAGAUGGAAAACCUUUUGAUGAGUAUGAUGAACAGAUCACUGAAACUCUCACACAGUUCCUGGGUUGGUCUGUUUUAAAUACUGACACUUACGACAAAAUGAACAAACUUGAAAACAGGAAAGACAUUGCUCAGGAAAUGCUUAUGUACCAGACAAAGGCCACCCCUGCUGAAGUUGAAUCUAUCCUGAAAUACAAGGAGAAAUUAAAUGCAAAAAGUUUAGAUGAAUGUGAUCAAAAGGAUCUCAUCAGGAUUUUGAAAGAAGAACUACCCGAUCCGAAAGAUUUGGAACUGUAUGAAUUCCGCUUCAGUGACUUCCCUGUUACAGAGCAUGGCCUGAUAACUUGUGGAAUACGACUGUUCUUUGAGAUAAAUGUUGUUGAAAAAUUCAAAGUCCCGGCUGAGGUCCUUACAAGAUGGAUGUACACAGUCAGGAAAGGUUAUCGGGAUAUCACUUACCAUAACUGGAGACAUGGAUUCAAUGUGGGACAAACAAUGUUUACUCUGCUGAUGGUAAUGUUGCUAAUAUUAACCCCAAAUUCAUUAAUUAGCAUUUGUUCAACUCCAGAUGGAAAUUCAGGAAGACACAUGCUCAGAGUUACCUGUUUUCUCUUACAGACAGGCAAAAUAAAGAAAUACUAUACAGAUUUAGAAGCCUUUGCCAUGGUUGCUGCUGCUUUCUGCCAUGACAUUGAUCACAGAGGGACCAAUAACUUGUAUCAAAUGAAGUCAGCUGCUCCCCUGGCAAAACUUCAUGGCUCUUCCAUUUUAGAAAGGCAUCACCUAGAGUACAGUAAAACCCUGCUGCAAGAUGAGAGUUUAAACAUCUUCCAGAACCUAAAUAAGCGCCAGUAUGAAACCGUUCUACACUUAUUUGAAGUUGCAAUAAUAGCAACUGACUUGGCUUUGUAUUUCAAGAAAAGAACUAUGUUUCAAAAGAUUGUGGAUGCAAUUGAAAAAAUGGAAACAGAAGAGCAGGCAAUUAAGUAUAUAUCUAUUGACCCAACGAAAAAAGAAGUCAUCAUGGCUAUGAUGAUGACUGGAUGUGAUCUGUCUGCAAUAACCAAGCCCUGGGAAGUGCAGAGUAAGGUUGCCCUCAUGGUUGCAAAUGAAUUCUGGGAGCAAGGUGACCUGGAAAGAACUGUGCUACAGCAACAACCUAUUCCUAUGAUGGACAGAAACAAAGGAGAUGAACUACCUAAGCUCCAAGUUGGUUUCAUAGACUUUGUGUGUACAUUCGUGUACAAGGAAUUCUCGAGGUUUCACAAGGAAAUUACACCUAUGUUUGAUGGUCUUCAAAACAACAGAGUUGAAUGGAAAACACGAGCUGAUGAAUAUGAAGAGAAGAUGAAAGCUAUUGAGGAACAAAAGAAAAAGGAAGAAGAAGCAGCUGCCCAAAAAGAAAGUGCUGCUGCAGGUGGUGGAGGUGGUGAAGAAGGAAAAUCCAAAACAUGUGUAGUUUUGUAAUUCUUUGUCUCAGAUACUGUUCCUGCUACAAGAAAAGACAUCUAGAAAGACCUUCAAUGAGCCCCUGUGGAUUCCUGCUUUGUAUAGAAUAGCAUAGAUCAAUUUCUUAAUCCUCUUAAACACUUGCCAUUUGUUGGAAAUAAUUUUUAAUGGAUUAAAAAAUACCAGUUACUAUUAAAAACUGGAAAAAAUAAUGGUGCAAAAUGAGUUAACUGUGUGCUCUAGGUAUUUUUUCAUGUCACUCAAUUUACAUACAGUACUUUUAUUAAAAUAUGUAACUU